AUGUUCCGCCAAUUUAUCGUCCUCUGCUCCUUGCCUAUCCUACUGGCAUGUAACGUUGACCACUCUCGUUACAAAAGGAACACCAACAGCAGUGGGAGCUAUCCCGAUUUUAUCCUAGGUACCGACGGUCCUGCAGAUGCCGCAACUCUUGGCUACACCAUAAAUCACCAUGCUCUCAUUGUCAGCAACCUUACCUCUACCCUUGAGUUCUACGGUGAUGUCCUCGGCAUGAGACACAUUUUCACUUUCCAAUUGAAUGCGAACUGGUCUUUGAUGUUCAUGGGCCAUGCGCAGGGUGGAAAAAAUGGAACUGGAUUCCAGGAUGCAACUACACUGGAAAUGGAGAGAGGAAAUAGGGAAGGACUUUUAGAGUUUUUAUCCUAUGCUGGCACUGCACCACCAACACAAACCAAGCCUCAUUCUUCCUUUUCGCAUCUUGGUCUCAUCGUACCCGAUAUUCAAGCCGCACAAGCACGUAUGGAAGCAAAAGGAGUGAAAAUUGUGAAGAGAGUUGGAGACGCGGUAGAUAUCAACUCACCUAUUCCUGCUGCGCUUGGAUUUCCAAAUGUGCAGGCUUUUGAGGAGGGCAUACCGGGGCUUGAGGCUUUGGGUUUUUAUGACUUCAUGAUAAUUGCGGAUCCAGAUGGAAAUUUGCUAGAGGUUAUUCAGCAGUAUUGA